ACAAACAGCCACAUGACACACACACACACACACACACACACACACUGCAGAGAUUGCAUUUGAUUUCUAACAACAAACCCAAAGCAAUGGCUGUAUAACCCUCACAGAGAUCCCACAGAGCUCGCUUCAGUGUUUAACUUUGACACCGCUCACAGGUACAGCAGGAGCACUGACACGGAGGACUGAUCGUCAUGCGAGAGGAACAGACUUGUGGAGAUUUUCCUGAAAGUGGGAUCCUUCCCAUUGAAGAAGAGCAGGAGCGGCGCCCCAAUAAGUGUGCGGUUGUGGUUUCUCCACCGGCGGGCGCACGCAAGCGGCUGACGGGUCCCAAAAAAGAGCCCGUCUCACAAGACGACAAACCAUCCCUGGACAACCCAUCGAAUCUGGCUCCCAAACGUCCCAAAAGAAGCUCUCCGUCAUCCUCAUCGUCUUCUUCGUCCUCUCUGGUGCCCGUCGUGAGUUCGGUUUCUCCAGUUCCCGGACAGCCCUUCGAAGACCUCCACACGCAACGAGUGAUCGCCAACGUUCGGGAACGCCAGCGCACACAGUCCCUGAACGACGCCUUCGCCUCCCUCAGAAAGAUCAUCCCCACCUUGCCUUCGGACAAGCUGAGCAAGAUCCAGAUCCUCAAACUGGCCUCCAGAUACAUCGACUUCCUCUACCAGGUCCUGCAGAGCGACGAGAUGGACGCCAAGCUGGCCAGCUGCAACUAUCUGGCCCACGAGAGGCUGAGCUACGCCUUCUCCGUCUGGAGGAUGGAGGGCGCCUGGUCCAUGUCCGCCACUCACUAACCAUCCACCCGUUCCUCAUCUCAAAAACUGAAUCCCGAACUCUGAUCCUGAUUUUCAUCUCUAUAUCCCCUCCACACGGCCUCCGACUCACCCUGCCAUGACCCCACCCUGCCUAAAGAUGACCUCUGACCUCUCUCACUUUUCCAAAUCAAGCCUUCGCAGUUUCCCACAACCCCAGAGGACUUCAUGCUUCAUCUACAAGCCGACAGUCUUCCCCUUUCCCUAAUGGAGCUUUACCAGCAAACGCAGGAGAGAAAGAGUCUUGAGGAGCGCAGAUGAGCAGAGCAUUUCCACAAGACUGAAUCCAGCACUGAGCUGAGUGGAAGUGACUGCUGCUGAUCUCAGAUCAGUGUUCCUCCAUGUUGACUGUUCUCUGGACUCAUGUUUGGGCAGAUAUUGACUGUUCUGAGGACUCACUAACCCUGACCUGAUGGAUCAAGGCUUCCUCCGCUCUUUAUAUUGCUUCAUUAUGCAGAUGUGAGAGUGAUUGUGCUUGUGUUUCUGCUGUUUAUUAGCCAUUCAUUCCUGCUUCAGUGACGGGUAACACUGUGUAAACCGCCAGUUCAUGUAAAAUAAUCAAAUAAUGCUUCAAGAUUCACUCUAUUCCUCUAUUAAAAGAGACUUUAACUGCAGAAGUGUUAGUGGCUUUAAUGGGGGAAUGAGGAGCUGUACAUCAAUAAUGAUGUGUCGGAGUACAGAGGAAGACAUUUAGAAAGAUGCUCUGCUUCAGGAUUCAGUCAAACGUCUGCAAACGUAUAAAGAUAGCAGGGUUCAUGUGAGUGGACUUGGUGAUUAUAAAUAUUUCUACAAUAAUGAAGAAGCUGUUUGAGUACAUCUUUACAGCAGAUCCAGGCAGCGGUCGCUAAUAGGAUGAGAUGUCGGCUAAACUUGGUGUUGGUGAUGGUGUGAAAAUAAACUGAAAUGAAGCGUACAGCAGGAGAACUCGAUGAGUAGCUAACAGACUAAGAGUUUACGCUGAUUAUCAAGAGCUUGAAAAUUCAUCAAUAAACAAACAAUAAGAUGAAA